AGAGGCGCGACCAUGUCAGCGCCGAUCACUACCCGCUCGGACGGCGGGCCGUCGCGCAAGCGGAAGCGCGAUGACCGGCACCAUCACCAUCAGCACAGGCAGCAACAAGGGCUUCCAGCUGCCGCUCCCGCCGGCGGCGCAAAUGCAAAGGGCGCAGCACAUGCCAAGAAUGGUCGCCAGCUCAAGCGUAUGGCUGUCGAGCAGGAGCUGGGCUCGCUGAGAGAUCGCAUCAAUGAAAUGACUCCCACAGCGCCUCCGUCGUUAUUCGAAGACCUACCGCUGUCGCUGCCCACCCUACGCGGGCUCAAGAAAGCUGGUUUCACAGAUUUGACCUCAAUCCAGCGGCUCUCCUUGCCUCAGUCAAUGGCUGGCAAGGAUGUACUGGCGUCUGCGCCGACGGGGAGUGGCAAGACGCUCGCAUUUCUCAUCCCGAUCCUGGAGCGCCUCUACCACCUCAAAUGGGCCGGCCAAGCGGAUGGGCUCGGCGCGCUCGUCAUCAGUCCCACGCGCGAGCUCGCCAUCCAGAUCUUCGAAGUGCUGCGCAAGAUCGGCAGCUUCCACACCAGCUUCUCCGCCGGCCUGGUCAUCGGUGGCAAGGACCUCAAAGCCGAGCAGGCGCGCUUGGGCCGCAUGAACAUCCUCGUCGCUACACCCGGCCGGCUGCUGCAGCACAUGGACCAGACAAUCAACUUUGACACGUCCAACCUGCAGCUCCUUGUCCUCGACGAGGCAGAUCGCUGCCUUGACAUGGGCUUUGAGAACACACUCAAUGCUAUCCUCGAGAACUUACCCAGGAGGGCCAAGGGAGCAAAGCAAGGCAUUGAUCAGCCAGGGCGGCAAACGUUGCUCUUCAGCGCGACGCAGACCAAGAAGGUGAAAGAUCUAGCACGCCUCAGCCUCGAGCAGCCCGAGUACGUCGCGGUCAGCAACACGUCGCGCUCUGCGGAAGAUGGCCAGACUCAGUCGGAAGAUAUGUUCGCCAGGCAACAGCAGUUCCUUCCCAAGCAGCUCGAGCAACACUACAUGCUCGUCAACCUCAACCGCAAGCUCGACGUGCUCUACUCGUUCAUCCGCACGCACCUCCAGUCCAAACUGCUCAUCUUCCUCUCCUCCUGCCGCCAAGUGCAAUAUGUUUUCGAAACGUUCUGCAAGCUCCGCCCGGGCAUCGCGCUGCUAUCGCUGCAUGGCAAACAGAAGCAGGCGAAGCGCCUGCAGAUCUACACCGAGUAUAGCCGCAUGAAACACGCCUGCCUCUUCGCGACCGACAUUGCUGCGAGGGGUUUGGACUUUCCCAGCGUUGACUGGGUCAUUCAAGUCGACGCACCCGAGGAUGGCGAGACAUACGUCCAUCGGGUCGGGCGCACGGCGCGGUACGAUAAGAAAGGCAACUCACUGCUCUUCCUCAUGCCAGGCGCAGAGAAGGACGGCGUGCUCGCCAAGCUCGCGGCCAAAGGGAUCGUUGACGGUGAUGCCACUGCUGCGGCAUCUGUAGGAAGGAGGAUCAGAGAGGACGACGAUGACUUGGAAGAUGAAGAAGCUGUGACGCGUAUCAACAGCAUCAAGCCGAAAGAGAGCAAGAUCCAAUCGAUCGCGAACCAACUGCAGUCAUUCCUCUUCCAAGAUGCGCAGCUUAAGUACCUCGCGCAGAAAGCGUUCGUCUCGUACGUCCGCAGCGUGUAUUUGCAACAAAAAUCCUCGUCCAUUGCCGUUGGCGGUGGCACCGCGCCGCUGUCACUGCCCAAGGUCGACGUGACAGAGCUCCCGCUGGAGAAAUUUGCAGAGAGCCUCGGCCUCGCGGGUGCGCCGAAUAUCAAGUUUGUCAAAGAGGCACGCAAGGCCAGGGCGAAGGAGGCGAGACUUGAGGCGAAAGCGGCCAAAGCCGAGGCGGCUGCAGCCAUGAAGGGCAGUGGCGGUGCACGGCAGGCACGCACCGCUGACGCUGAAGGUAUCAACGGCGGCGAGGAGGCAAGCGAUGAUUCCGGCGACGAAGAAAGGCGGACAGUCGAUAGCGCGACCGCGCUCGAAGGAUCGGCGGCGCAGAAGGGCAUCAGGACCAAGUAUGAUCGCAUGUUCCAGCGCAAGAACGAGGGCGUUCUCAGCGAGCACUAUCAAAAGCUAGUCGCAGACAACGAUGAGGAUGAUGAUAGUACGGAGAGUCAGGACGAGGAUAUGGGUGAUGAAGUCAAUGCGCGAGGCGAUCUGGGCGAUGAUGGCAUCAGCGACAAAGAUGAAGAAACCGGCUUCAACGCUGGUGAUGAUGCGGACGGAGACGACUUCCUCACACUCAAGCGCGCCGAUCAUGGCCUUGAAGACGCCACUGAUAGCUCCCAUGGCGGAGCCGGUGAAAGUGACGGAUUCGUCGCAGGCGGCAGCGCGACGCUUCCAGCUGGCGAGUCGAACCAGUUGCUUCAAAAGCGUCUGGAUGCAGAAGCGCAAGCUGCCUUCGAGGAGAACCGAUCCAAGCGGCAGCUGCGCAUGGGCCAGUCCAAGAAGGCGAUGGCUGCAGCCGGCAAGCGCGGGCAAGGCGAGAAGCUGGUAUUCGACGAGGAGGGCAAGGCACAUGCGCUGUACGAGCUACAAGGCGAGAAGGAGUUCCAGGCUGCGGGAGACGUGCAAGAGCAGCAGAAGGAGUACGAGCGGCUCGAACGUGAGAGACUGAGCGCGAGCGACGUGUUCGACAAGGAACGGAUGCGCGAGAAGCGGAGAGAGAAGAAACGCAAGCAAAAGGAGAGGGAAAGGGCAGCCGAGUGUGGUGAUGCCUCAGACAAUGGAGAUGACGAUGACGAGGACGGUGGCGGUGUCGAACUUGCGCAGCUGGACGACGAAGAGGACGAUUGGAAGGAGCCUGACUGGGUACUGCCAGAAGAUGUCGCCGAGGAGGAAGACGAUGCUUCCGAACGGCCCAGCAAGCAGUUAAAGAAAGGACGCGAGUCAAAACGCGACGCAGAUGCAGCAGGUCAUCGGUCGCUUGCGCAGGACGAAGAACUCGCUCUCCAGCUCCUCUCUGGCGGUGCGCAAAAAUAAGUCUCCUAGCCCCUCUCUACGUCUCACAGACCCUUCUCAGCAUCGACGAACCCAGAACUUCUGCAUAGCCGCUUGUAGCCUAGCAUCUUCACUUCGUAACUUACAAUUGCACGCAAUGGUGCC